CGCCUCGGGGUGUAGGCCUGCGCAUGUUCCGGUCUUUUCCCGUGUACACAGAGAAGUGCUGGUAGGUUUCCACGUGGAUUGUAAGAAACGUAAAAAUCCACUAUGGCGGAUGUGCAGAACGAGAGAGCGUAUCAGAAGCAGGAAACAGUUUUUCUUAAUCGUAAGGCUACGUCCGCGCGUAAGCCCAUCACCGUUCGCCAUGUUAGGUACUCGAAGAACGUAGGGUUGGGCUUUAAGACCCCAGUUGAAGCAUUGAAAGGUACCUACAUCGAUAAAAAGUGCCCCUUUACUGGCAAUGUCAACAUUCGUGGCCGUAUCCUUAAAGGAACUGUUAUCAAGAUGAAAAUGCAACGGACAAUCGUUAUCCGCAGAGACUAUCUGCACUACGUCCGUAAAUAUAACAGGUUCGAGCGUCGGCAUCGUAACAUGUCUGUGCACCUCUCGCCCUGCUUCCGUGACGUUUCCUUGGGCGACGUUGUCACUGUCGGAGAGUGCCGUCCCCUCUCAAAAACAGUGCGCUUCAACGUUCUCAAAGUAACAAAAGCGCCCGGAACAAAGAAGCAGUUCCAGAAAAUGUAAACGGGCUCAUAUCGAGCCCUUCUUGAAGAAACAGACUGGCUGUACCAGUAACAUUGGUCCAGUAACACGAAAAGGAGGCUCUUGUGAUCCGUGUGUAAAGAAUAUGCUGAGGUCAGUAAUAAAGGGCCAUAAAAUAUCGUC